AAUUAAGGAAGUGCCUCCAGAGCGGGAUUUGGUGGUGGAUCUUAGUACUCCAGAGUUGUCAUUGAAAUGGUCCAGCUUUCUCCUGCCUACCACCUCACCCCUGAGUGAUCUCUUCAGCCAGUGACCUCACCUGAAUCUUUUCUGCCCGAGACGUUCUGAAGAGAGUUCUUCUUCCUGUCGUCCCUCCUACGUCUACUUCUGCUACCCUGCUCUUCCAGGAACAGUGGGAAUGGCAGCUAGUACUUCCUUUCCUGAUCCCAGCUGCGGUGAUUUUGACCGAAAUGUACCUCGUAUCUGUGGGGUUUGUGGGGAUCGAGCUACUGGUUUCCACUUCAAUGCCAUGACUUGUGAAGGCUGCAAGGGCUUCUUCAGGAGGAGCAUGAAACGGAAGGCCCUAUUCACUUGUCCUUUCAAUGGUGACUGCCGCAUCACCAAGGACAAUCGGCGUCACUGCCAAGCCUGCCGACUGAAGCGCUGUGUGGAUAUCGGCAUGAUGAAAGAAUUCAUCCUGACAGAUGAAGAGGUCCAGCGGAAGCGGGAGAUGAUCUUGAAGAGGAAGGAGGAGGAGGCGCUGAAGGAUAGUCUGAGGCCCAAGCUUUCCGAAGAGCAGCAGCACAUCAUCACCACCCUAUUGGAUGCUCACCACAAGACCUAUGACCCUACUUAUUCAGACUUCAGCCAAUUCAGGCCUCCAGUACGAGGGGAUGAAGGUGGAAGCAUCCAUCCCUCGAAAUCAUCCUCAGAGCACACACCCAGUUUUUCAGGGGACUCCUUGACUUCAGAUCCCUACACAACUUCUUCAGACAAUAUGGAGCCCUUUUCCAACCUGGUGCUAAGUGAGGAUUCUGAGGAUCCCUCUGUGACCCUGGACCUGUCCCAGCUCUCCAUGCUACCCCACCUGGCUGAUCUGGUCAGUUACAGCAUCCAGAAGGUUAUUGGCUUUGCCAAGAUGAUUCCAGGAUUCCGAGACCUCACCUCUGAGGACCAGAUUGUGCUGCUCAAAUCAAGUGCCAUCGAAGUGAUCAUGCUCCGUUCUAACCAAUCCUUCACCAUGGAUGACAUGUCUUGGACCUGUGGUAGCCAAGAGUAUAAGUACCGUGUCAGUGAUGUCGCCAAAGCUGGGCACAGCCUGGAACUAAUUGAACCACUCAUCAAGUUCCAGAUUGGGUUGAAGAAGCUAAACUUGCAUGAAGAAGAACAUGUCUUACUCAUGGCCAUCUGCAUCGUGUCCCCAGACCGGCCUGGAGUGCAGGAUGCAGCACUCAUCGAAGCCAUUCAAGACCGGCUCUCCAACACCUUGCAGACCUACAUUCGCUGCCGCCAUCCUCCACCUGGCAGUCACCUACUCUAUGCUAAGAUGAUCCAGAAGCUGGCAGACCUGCGCAGUCUCAAUGAGGAACACUCAAAGCAGUACCGCUGCCUGUCCUUCCAACCAGAAAACAGCAUGAAGCUCACUCCGCUUGUGCUCGAGGUGUUUGGCAAUGAGAUCUCAUGACUGGGGCAACCAGGGCUACUACCUGGGUGGGAGGCACACUCCGAGGGGGUGGUGCAAAUGGGUACCCAGCUCCAGAGUCCCUUGGUU